AUGGACAAGUUCAUGAAACCUGGGAAAGUGGUGCUGGUCCUGGCUGGGUGCUACUCAGAACGCAAAGCUGCCAUUGUGAAGAAUAUUGAUGAUGGCACUUCAGACCGCCCUGACAGCCAUGCCUUGGUGGCUGAUGGCACCUCAGACUGCCCUGACCGCCAUAUCCUGCUGGCUGGAAUUGACCGCUAUCCCCAAAAAGUGACAGCUGCCACGGGCAAGAAGAAAAUCACCAAGAAGUCAAAGAUCAAGCCCUUUGUGAAAGUUUCUACUAACAGUCACCUCAUGCCCACCAAGCACUCUGUGGAAAUCCCCUUGGACAAAACUGUUAUCAACAAGGAUGUCUUUAGAAACCCAGCCCUGAAACAUAAGGUCAGGCAGGAGGCCAAGGUCAAGUUUGAGGACCAAUACAAGACAAGGAAGAACAAAUGGUUUUUCCAGAAGCUUUGCUUUUAG